GGAAAGCGGGCUGGACUAGGAUGGGGAGAUACGGCAGCCUUCCCGCCCCGCAGAUUGCCCUUUACUACUCGGUUUGGAGGACAGGGGUGUCCAGUCCUACGAAGCAUACUACUUCCGUCGCUGGCUGGGUCUAAGAGUCAGAGCCUUUGGGUUGUAGCCCCAUCACUUACAUGCACGUGGGGUGAUCUUGAUCCUCCUCCCCCCUUUUAAAUCUGAGCCUCAGUUUCCCCUUCUCAAAAACAGAGGAGGGUUGGAUCUGCUGAGCGCUAAUAUUCCAGACUGUAAUGGGGUGCAGAGGAGGGGGAGAUGGGGGACCUGCACGUGACCUCCCCGCUCAGGGCCCCGCCUAUGCCUGGUCCGGGGGAUGGGAGCGCCCAGCGAGGAAGGGCGGGGGUGGGCGGAUCUAAGAAACCCGACCCCGCCGCCCUUAAGGCGCUCGGAGCGAGCGGCUCAGCGGCCGGCUAGCCCUGGCGACGGCACGGGAGGAGGAUGGGGACCUCAACACGGGCUUCGCAGGUGCUACCGUGGAGGCGAGGGCUGCGCCGGGAUUCGGCGUGUGACUAGGAGCGCACCUGGGGAGGAUGGAUGAGGGAAUGGCAAACCGGUUCAGCGGAAGCGCAUGUUGUGGACCCUGAGCAGCGGCAGCGCCAAGCUCCUCUCAGGCCAUGAGGAGUGCUCGGACCGUCCGUCCGGGGAACGCCGUCGAAGCUGGCUGCAUCCUGCUGCGCUGAGUGGGUGAAAGUGAGAGGGGCGCAAGCGGCCGGGGUGCGCGGGAGAGCAGCGCCAUGGCGAAGGAGGAGUGCAAAGCGCUACUGGACGCGCUUAAUAAGGCGACCGCAUGCUACCAUCACCUGGUGCUGACCAUCGGCGGCUCCGCAGACUCGCAGAACCUGCGAGAGGAGCUGCAGAAGACGCGCCAGAAGGCGCAGGAGCUGGCGGUGGCCAUCCGCGUCCGGCUGACAGCCCCGCUGCGCGACCGGAGCCUGGGCGCCGAGGAGCGCGCCGAAUUCGAGCGCCUCUGGGUGGCCUUCUCCGGCUGCCUGGACCUGUUGGAAGCCGACAUGCGGCGUGCACUGGCCUUGAGCACUGAGUUUCCGCUGCAGGAGCCGCGGCGGCCACUGGUGCGCACAGGGGUGGAAGGCGGCGCGACAGGCGUAGCGGCGCGCGCCCUGAGCGCCCGCAGCCUGCGGCACGAGGCGCAUCGCGACUUCGACGUGGAAGACCUGCACCAGCUGGAGCGGGAGAUCCUUCAGGUGGGCGAAAUGAUCCAGGAUAUGGAGAUGAAGGUCAACGUGCCCCGCUGGACGGUGCAGGCCCGGCAGGCGGCAGGUGCCGAGCUCCUGUCCAGCGCCAGUGCCGGCGUCUCCUCGGUGGGCGGCGUGUCGGUAGAACAGCGCACUGGGCCCUGCGACCUGAGCAAGGCCAAGGCCGCCACCAUCUUCAGCGCCGUGCUGCUGGCGGCUGUGGCCUUGGCGGUGUGCGUGGCGAAGCUGAGCUGACCGGUACCCGACGGGUCCCCGCCUCCACCAACCCCUCUCCGGAGACACCCCUGGAGAACGUCUGCAACCGCCUGGACUAGGGAUGGGAAUGGGAUCUGGCAUAUUUAAGGGAAGCGGUUCUAAAGCACAGUGUGUUGUAACGUGUAUGUUUGUACGCGUGUUUGAAGUACACAUCUGCCUGGGCAGAACGUGGCUUCCCUCUUGCUGGCCCGGGAGGAGUUAAUUUUGCGCGGGCCACCAGGGCAUUAUCGCUAAUGUAUGCAAGAGCUUUAUCCCCUAUUAAUAGAAAACCGUUCUCAGUGACCUGAGAUUCCUCCCAGUUAAUACGUUACCGCCUGUGCUGCUGGGACAUGUUUACACUGAAGCUGAGCUUGGUGCCCCAGCCCCUGCGGGUGAUUCCCAUUCUCGGAGAGAGGCAGUUUGGAAAGAGGAUGGGGUGAAAUGAAGUGUGAGAUCCUUGAGUAUUUACUUACACGUGCAAUCAAAUGUGUACCUGGUUCUGAGAAUCCACUGCUCCGUGAAAUCAGUGAUUAAGUACUGUACACACACCAAAAAAGCUGAAUUAGAAUGAAGGUAUUUAUCCUGUGGCUCUGUUAACCUAAACACCUCUUUGUUAAAUAUUCAUAAUAUUUGGCAUUAUUUGGGGUUAUAACAUUGCCUAAUAGAACUUUUUGCUCUAUGAUGCGAGCAAAAUCACCUUCUGCUUGAGCAGUAGGCUGCUCUAUAACAAUAUCUCCCUGAUCUCAUUUCUCUGUAUCAUUCAAGAGGUUGUUUUCUGGUAGAAGCCUGAUUUAAUUUAGAGGUUGGAUAUCAAAGUCAUUAAUUUUCUUAAAACAUUUGGUAUGAUCUUAUACCAUGAUACAAGUGAUUAAAAAAUUACAAAUAUUUAAUAGAGGGUAUAUAGGGUACGGUCAGUGUUAGAGUCAACUUUCCUAAAUUAAAGGUACAAGUGAAAGGAUAGGUCUUUACCUCAAAAAUUAAGUGCUAUUAUAUUGAUAAAUCUAUCAUAUGUUAAAUACCUGUAAGAGAAAAUAUACCUGGCUUCUCUUUUGGGAAAAUAGCACAGCUUUAUCUGAUACUGAUAUGAUAAGAACUUGUAAUGUCAAGACAUUUAUCAUGGAAACUUUCAACUCUUCCUAUUAGAAAAAAAGAACAGAACAAUGUUUAUAGACGAAAAAAUGCCUGGCAAAUUCUUUUUUAUGUACUCUAAGAAUGUAUGCUUUUAAAUGCCACAAGGGAAAAUAUUUUUGGCAAGUCAAAUUAGAGCGUAAAAUUCAUGAUUUGCCUAAGGUUUACAGUAAGCUACGUAAGAGAUGUGUGAUGUCCAAUGACUGAAAAGCAGUUUGGGUUGAAGAGAGUUCCGGGUUGCAUGAGAACCCUGAUCAUGCUGCAUUUUUUUCAACAUGCACGUUCAUACAUUUUUUUUUUUUUUUAAGCUAGACAGUUGAUUUUUAGGAUGCACUUCUCUGUUCUGUAAUGAGUGUUUGUUAAGGGUGCAAGCCCCAAAGUGUGAGCCUGUAAGGCAGCCUCAGAAAUAGAAGUGCUAUAGGACUGACUUCUGUAUUCCUUCGGGGAGUGCCUCCUCCUACAAGGCCACACCAGUUGCAGUGGGCAUGGCUCUGCCUUUCUCUCCAAGUACCUCAGACAAGUCACUGGCUUCCCUGUGUCUCCCUUCCCUCAUCUGUGAAAUCGGAGGGUCCUGACUGGUGAACUCAAAAACAUUUAACAGGAUGUAGUUAGACAGGGAAGAGUUAUUUUGUUUGGGGCUUUUUUUUGAGAGGGCAGGGGGUAGUGAGGGGUUGUUAUUGUUGGUUUUGGUGCAUAUUGAAAUGGAAUCUUACAGUUUGUCUAAACUUAGCCUGGUGGUAAACUUCUAUAUGAAUUUUAAAAAUCAGAAUGAACUAAGCUUACUGUGAUUUUAGUCUAUCACACGUGUGUAAAAAUGCUACUUAUUUAUAGUAUCUAGAUUAGAAUUUUUAAUUCAGACUCUAAAUCCAAGAAGGCCUAGUGUUUAUUAAACACUUGGUUUUACCCAGCAACCUAAACUGAUUCUGGUAACUUAUAGAUGUGAAAUCCCAUAGUUUGUCAUGGAGUCUUGGAGAAUCCUUUUCUGUAACUGCCCUGUACCCUCAGAACUGUAAUGGCAUUGCCUACCUGAUGCUGGGAAACUAGCACAGCGUGGGUUGUUUUAUGUGGCAUCAGACACUAGUUGGAAGUAAAAGGCUUCGUAUCUACUGUUUGAAUGAUGCUUCUAACUAAAAUGGUUAUUAAUAAUUUAAAGGGGCUUCCCUUGUGGCUCAGCUGGUAAAGAAUCCACCUGCAAUGCAGGAAGAUAACAUGCAGCAUUCAUAACUUUGUUGAAAAAGGCACCCUCAAAUGAUUCAGCUAUCAACUAUUAUGAUAUUUUAAGUUAUUCUUAAUCUUCUUCAUGUACAUUUAAAUUGAAGUGAAUUUAUACUUCACAGAUUUCAUUACAUAAAGAGAUGUUCAGAAGGACGCCAGGAUUAUAAAUCUCCAGGUGUUUUUCUGCAAUACAAUCAUACUCUUCUUUUCAUGGAAGAUGGAAUCCAGGAAGAACAGUAGAUCUGCAUAUGAACACUAUUUGGCUGUGGUCAACACAGAUCAGAGUCAUGUUCAAAUACUGUUCCUUUAGCUCUUAGGAACUGACCAAAGGUGCAGGAACUGACCACAUGCCCUGCAUCCAUGAGCACAGGAUAGAUAUAUGUAAAAGCAUUCCUCUCUUUUAUUUAUUUUCAUUUCACUCCAAAGAGGAUUUUGGGUGUUUUCACUGCAGUAUUGUGAGAUCUUCAGCAUCCUUCUUCUCUGGUGUUUGAAUUUAGAAUGUUAUAACCUUAAGGCUUAUAUGACAAAUGUUAAUAAGCCACAUGAAAACUCCUGUUGACAAAAUAAUUUUUAAGAGUCCUUUUAACAUGCUGUUGUCAGGAAAGCAAUUUUUAAAAUACUUAUUUAUUUGGUUGUGCUGGGUCUUAGUUGUGGCGUUCAGAGUGUGGCAUGCAGGAUCCUUAAUUGCAGCAUGAAAACUCUUAAUUGCAGCAUGUGGGAUCUAGUUCCCUGACCAGGGAUGGAACUUGGGCCCCCUGCAUUGGGAGCAUGGACUGGACCAAGUCCCCAGAAAGCAAAUUUAAAUGUCUUUUGUUUGUAGGUAUGUGUCAGGCACAUAGAGAAGAUCUAUGAAGAAAUUUACAUAAAUGAAAAUGUUUGUUAAUGUUUGGUGGGAUUAUAAAUGCUAUUUUUUCAAUAUAUUUGUAUUUAAUAUUGUUAUAUUGUUUUUACAAUAAAGUUUGAAUGCUCUUAUGGUUA